CUUCUCGACAUUAUAAAUAACAGGCAACGGGACCGUGGUUUUCACCUGGCAAAUUGGAUAGCGGGAAGAUGAGUCGAGAAAGAACAGCCAUGUUUGCUGUGGCUUUUGCGCUCGUAGCCCUACCAACCAUAUCGGGACUUAUUACAAAGAUUCCGACUCCUAAAGAGUUGUAUGAAUGCUACUUGUACAAGUCGCUGAAUGCCAGUAUAUCAGAAACGCCAGCAAAAGUCAUCCAAGAAUUUUGUAUCUCAAAGUACAUCGUACAACAUAUGGAUGAAACCAUAUACACACACAACAUAACUAAAGAAGGCGUAAACUAUUUAAAUGCAAUGUCCAGAGAACUUAAUCAAGAGAUUACGGCUAUGGAGAAACUUCAAAAGAAGCCAAGACACAAACGUCAAGCUUUCGGAACCUGGAGAAUCAGGAAAGAGAUUCGAACACUUACAAGACAAGAAUUCCAAGCGUUGGUUAACUGCUUCAACAGACUCAAGAAUGACUAUUCCAUAGACUCCAGCAUGAGUACCUACGACUUGAUUGGUUCAAUGCACACCGGACGGGCAGCAAGAAGCAUGCACAACGGACCAGGAUUCUUCCCAAGACAUAUGUUAAUGAUGCUGAUCAUGGAGACUGCAUGUCAUUCCCCAAUGCACUACUGGGAUAUGACAAUGGACUCUGACAUGAUCGUCCCUACAGACUCAAUCGUGUUUUCUGAAGAGUUUUACGGUAACGGUGACGGCAUUGUCAGAACUGGUCCGUUUGCACACUGGAGAACCCCAAUUGGAACUCCAAUUAUCAGAAACAUUGGAUCAGGUGGAGAAUCUUUAGCUGGAAAACAAGGCAUCCGUGCUAUGUUAAGCAGGAGAAGACUCGCAGAGAUUUCAGAGCCUCAGGUCGGACAUGCCGCCUACUCCGUGGAAGUUCAUCAUAAUGGCGUUCACAAUUGGAUCGAUGGUCACAUGGCUCGUUUAAACACUGCUUGGUUUGAUCCCAUCUUCUACGGUAUCCACUCCUUCUUCACGCUUAUCUGGAUUGCAUUCAAAGGUCUUCAAAGAAAUAGAGGAAUAGAUCCACAAAGGGACUAUCCUUUAGGGCCAAAUGUUCCAUCUGGGCACGAAUUUUUCCAAAGAGCCGACUUCCGACCUUUCCUUCGUCAAAUUUCAAAUUUAGAUGCUUUGGCAGAUACAUAUGAUAGAAUGGUUACAUACAUGCCCAUGCCUAGAUGCCCGAGAUGUGACAACAGUCCCUAUUUAGUUUGCCAACGCCAGGUGUGUGUUUCUAGAGCGCGGCCAAGGAUGAGGCAGAAUAUGUUUAUGUUUGGUAGAAAGAAGAGAAGUGCCAAUGUCAACCCUACUCCUUCAGUGUAUGGUACACAGAAACCACUAUCUGAUCGUGAUAGCUUAGCUGACGAUAAUGUAGAUAACAAGACCAUCAAUAUUUUGCAGUCCAGCGAAACAGCGUUAUCAACUUUGGAUCAGCCAUACCAAAAUACUUUCCUCAUUGACGGAAAAUCAGAUUUGAACCAAUGGGUCUGGUUAAAUAUUAAAAUUCUCUUCGAGCGUCCUAAAGGCUUCAACUUCCAAACCAAUUUGCCAGGCCAAAAUAACACAGUUGAUAUGUACGAUACGUCCAACUUCGAGCGAAUUGCCGAAAAGAUUGGCAUCCACAAUCAAAUUACAUAUAAAAAGCAAUGUAGCUCUUCUGGAUCGGGUGCCGCCAAGGUUUUUGUUCAAUCAGACGGUUUAAACUAUGCUGGAAGAUACAAAGAUUACGCUAUUGUAGAUGAAAGGCAACCUAUUUAUUCAUCUGUCAGUUACAUUGCUGUUAAAAAACCGACCACUGCGAAAACAACCAAGGUCCUUCUUACUGCAUUCGAUACUUGUGGACGGUCCUGUCGCGCAGCAUGUCCAGUUCCUGGGACCAAUGGAAACUCGUAUGAGCCAUGCAAGGGUGCGUUCGAAAUUACGUCUGAAUAUCCUCUUAUGUACAGCACUUCAUACGGAGGUGCAGUCUCGGCAGCUUUCAGCGUCCAUUUAGAAAGCAAGGGUCCAAUGUACCGAGUAAACAAUGACCCUAUCACAUUUGUCUGUGAUCAUCAAAAUAAGUGGCCAUGGGAGUAAUUUAUGAAAAAUCCUCCUUUUUGCUGUUUGCAAGUAAAUUAUUGGAAAAGGUAUUUUUUGUUAUUUUUUUUUAUAUUAAAUGUUUUGCAGAAAUAAUCCAAAACUAAGCAAAUUCAAUCAAAUAAUAGAUUUUUUAUCCUUUCAUUCUAAUGAAAUGAAUAUCAUCUAAAUUAAGUAUAUAAUGGUAAUCUUCCAGAUGUUUAAAGAAUUCCAUCAUUAUUAUUGGAAGUACAAUUUGUGCUACAAAUUAGGUUCAUUUGUCUUUAGCUUUCUGUGUAUAUACAUUGGGUUUUUUUUGUUUCUGUUUACUUAUGUUUUUGUGAUUUACAUGAUCUCAAAAUAUUUUUUGUAAUAAAAAUAUUUCUACAAAUUGGA